AUGAGCGGGGAUAAAGAUACUGUGAGCAGUCCUGUACCAGCAGGCAAUGCAAAGAGUGGAGGAGAUUCCGAAAUGCCUGCUAUUACGACAUCUGCGGACGAAAAGAAGCUUUCUAACAAAGAGUUGAAGGAAUUGAAGAAGAAGGAGAAAGCUGCCAAGAGAGCUGCGAAAAAGGAGGCUAGUGGUAUUUCUCUGGAGAAACAACAGCAACAGGCGCUGGUCAAGAGGGAAAAGAAACAACAGAAUGAUGCAAACUCGCUCAAUGGUAACAAAAAAAGCAGACAACAGGUUAUGUCCACGGCACCAGUGAAGCAGUCGACGUUGUUUGGACAUCUGGAAACGACAGACGAGAGAAGGGCGAGUUUAUUGGCCGUGGUAAGUGCGAUCAGCUCAACAAGUGCUUCGAAGAUCACGGCAGCGGGUCUCUCUUUACCCAUAGUGGUCAAUGCGGCAGGGAAUUCGCCAGUAUCGUCUGCAUCGUCUGUUCCUUCAUCGGCUUCGGCUUCUGCAUUAGGUCAGACAUCUAUCGGUCUGCCUGCAGAGGAAGCAGCUCAAAUUUUGGCGUCUUUGACGUUAGACGAUGAUUCGCUUCUUGUGCCUGGCUCCGCAUCUGUUAUUCCACAGAGCUUGUCCGAAAAAUUCAGCAAGACUCACUUAGCCUCCUCGAUCAAGGAGCUGGUAGCAAAUCGCUUUAUGCUUCACCCAGUCAUAGCGCAGCUUACCUCUGACAUUGCCAGUUACAAAAUCGUCGGAUCCGUUCCUCGCUGUAUUGCGAUGCUCGAGGCCUUUCAGAUUGUUAUUUCUGAUUACAAAACACCGGCAGGGACAUCAUUGAGUCGUAAUUUGACGAGUUAUCUGUCGCACCAGAUCGAUUACUUGAAAAGGGCCAGACCCCUCAGUGUCACAAUGGGGAACGCCAUUAGGUGGCUGAAACAAGAAAUCUCGCUCAUCGAUUUGACCACACCAGAUAUGAAGGCUAAAGAGAUUCUUUGUGAAAGAAUAGCGCAGUUUGCGCGUGAAAAAAUCGAGUUUGCCGACAGGCUUAUUUUAGAAAGUGCAUCUCAACAUAUUGUCGAUGGUAGUACUAUCCUAACUUAUGGUUGUUCCAAAGUACUUACUGACUUGUUCAUUUACAGUGCGACUGAAUUACAGAAAGACUUUCAAGUUAUUGUAGUGGACUCCCGGCCACUCUUUGAAGGUAGAAAAAUGAUCGAUAGCUUGAGAAGUCGCGGCAUUGAUGCCAUGUACGUCCUCAUUACGAGUUUGAGUACCGUUUUCAAUAUGCAUGUUGAUUACGUCUUUCUUGGCGCUCACUCUUUACUAUCCAAUGGAUUUCUGUAUUCGAGAGUUGGCACUGCAAUGAUCGCUAUGAGCGCUAAAAGAAGAAACAUUCCGGUUCUAGUGUGUUGCGAAACUUUGAAGUUUUCUCAAAGAGUUCAACUGGACAGCGUCACGUCCAAUGAGUUGGCAGAUCCGGAUGAUCUCGUCAACAUUGAUUCGAACAACCCUGUCAUACGUCGUGGGAAUAAAGGAUUUCUGUUGCAACAGUUUGUUAAAGAGCGCGCUCAACAGGCUGCGGCGUCGAAGCCAAAGGAUCAGCAACAAAAUUCGAAAAACCGUUCUUCAGCGCAACAAGACACGGACGAACAAGAGACCAAACCGAUACUUGCCGACUGGCAGGAACUUCCUAAACUCAACAUCUGCAACAUCAUGUACGACUUGACGCCUCCAGAGUACAUCAAAAAGGUCAUUACAGAGUUUGGCGCUCUGCCACCUUCAUCGGUGCCGGUCGUCUUGAGAGAAUACAAGGCUACUGCAUAA